AAUUCGCAAACCCCCACAUGACGGUGACUUGUACGACGUUUACCAACGAGACGGCCAUAGACGAAGCUAUAUGGUUCAAAUAAACGGGUAGUCGAAGGUCACGAAACCAAUUUAAUUCUAUUCUCUGCGUGGAUCGUGGUUUAUAAUAUCGGUUAGUUGUGCCGUCGACUUUAACGGCUUUACUCCAGUUCAUUUUAAUAUCACCACCGACUGUUGGAUAGAAACGACGACAUCCAUGAGAAACGCUAGGCAUCGCAAAAGUUGUCGAAACAUAAUCCCCAUUCCUUUCUCUUAACGCAUCCCAACUCCUUUCUUUCCCUUGUUACCUCAAGAUGCCUUCUAUGAUAGAGGAUGCCAGCCCUCGGACCAACUUCACAACAGUUGCGGAUGUAUUACCGAGUCAAGUUCUAGGCGGUACCCGCCUAAGCUAUUACAUAGCUAUAAGCGCUGUAUUGUUGUGUAUAUGGCUGUUUCAGCCCGCUAAACAAAAAUGUGGCGUCUCAGCACCCUUCUAUAAAGCCUCUCGAUUAAAAUGGAUGUUCAGCGCUGAUGCGCUAGUGAAGGAUAGCUAUUCGAAGUUCCGUGAUAUGGUAUAUCAGAUUAAGACGACGGAGGGUGUGAGAACCAUCAUCCCGGCGUCAAUGGUUGGUGAGCUUAAGGGCCUUCCAGAGGAUACCUUGAGCGCAAGGACAGCUGUGAGGGAGGCUAUGCUGAGCGAAUACACCAAGCUCUGCGCAGGAGAACAUACCGACACCUUAUCUUUACUCCUCAAAUGCAAGAUGACAGGGCAAUUGGCGCGAAUGACACCACAACUUAAAGAGGAACUCGAACACAUUGUCGCAACUGAGUUCCCUGAGUGUCAAGAAUGGACGCCCUUCAAAAUCCAACCUUUCAUGAUUCGAACCAUCGCACGUUUAAGCGGCCGUGUUUUCGUCGGACCCACGCUAAACCGAGUUGAAGAGUGGAUGGACGUGAGCAUCAACUUCGCGAUAACGGCUUUCAUCGCUGUGAUCAAGCUGCAAUUCUUCCCGCCAUGGAUGCGACCCUUCGCACAAUACCUAGUCUCUGAGUUGCGUGCUAUAGACCGAGAUCUGGCUCGCGCCCGCGAUAUGUUAGCCCCUGUUAUCGAGGCCCGUCUCCGUGAUGCCGAGACGCCUGGUUAUGAGAAGCCGGAUGAUUUCGCCCAGUGGUUGCAUGAUGCGCUGCCAGAGCACCAGAAGGGGGAUUAUUAUAUCCAGGGAAAAUUACAGUUGCUGCUGAGUGCGGCAUCGAUACAUACUACGAGUAACCUGACGACGGAUUGCAUAUACGACUUAGCCGUGCACCAGGAUAUGCAAGAAAUACUCCGCGAAGAGGCGCUUGAAGUACUAGGGGAUGAAGAGGCUUGGGAGAGGAAAGAUAGUAUGGGCCGGUUAAAAAAGAUGGACUCCUUCAUUAAGGAGUCGCAACGUCUUUCCGGCAACGUUACAUCCUUCAUCCGCAAAGUAAUGAAACCAAUCGACCUCACCGACGGCACCCACCUCCCCGCCGGAACCAACCUCCUCGCCCCAAUGGCCGGUGUCGCAGUCGACUCACGGUACUAUCCCGACCCAAACGUCUUCGACGGUCUACGCUUCUACAAGCUGCGCCAACAAUCGCAAUCCCACACCCACUCCCGCACGCCCUCCUCCGACUCCCAAUCCCCACAACAAUCAAAACCUCAAUCAACAACCCCCACGCCUGAAGAACAAUCCACAGCCAACGGACGAUACCAAUUCACCAGUAUCAGCGACGCAUCGAUGAACUUCGGACUAGGCAAACACGCGUGCCCGGGGCGGUUCUUCGCCGGAUGCGAGAUCAAGAUGAUACUCGCGUAUUUGCUAUUAAACUACGAUAUCAAACUUAAGGAUGGCGAGGGGAGACCUGCGCCGAAUAUGUUUAUGAUGACUAAGAGUCCGAGUAUGACCGCCGAGGUGAUGUUUAAGCGAAGGAGCGCAUGUUAAGUUAGAAAAAUAGAGGGAAAGCGUAGUCAGUCAGAAAACGGUCCCAGGGCCAGGUGCUUCUGGGAUCGUUAGUAUGACACAA